GAGAGCUGUUUUUGCAGAUCAGAGAGGGGGCUCUGAAGUAGGGAAGAAAAAGCAAUCUGGAAAUCGGCGCCCAUUUAAAACUGUGAUUUAUUAUAUAUAUUUUUUAUUUUUUAAAUUAUAUAUUUUUCGUACCGAAGAUGUCUGCGGCUUUGGUGGCGCCAUACUUCGACUUUAGCGAAGUCUUGAACAAGAACAACAGGAUGCUGAACUACAACAACAACAUCCUCAGUGCCCCCCAUCCCACAUCUACCCCCUGCACUGGCACCAACCCCUCCAUCUGCACCCCUAAUGGGACCCUGCUGGGCAGGAAGGCAGUGGGGACCCCCUCUACAGGGGUUUAUCAACGGCGGCACUCUGUCACCGUACCCAACUCCAAGUUCAACCAGAACCAAUUCGUGAACAGCCUAAAGACAGAGCCGUGCCUUACUGGUGGCGGUGGUGGCGGCGGCAGCAACAAGGAGAACCGCUUCCGAGACCGCUCGUAUUCCGAGACCGGGGAGAGGAUGCUCCAAAAGCCUUGCAGUGGCAGCAACGCGGGAGGGCAAGUUAAUUCCAGCCGCUACAAGACAGAACUAUGUAGACCCUUCGAGGAGAACGGCGCUUGCAAGUACGGGGACAAGUGCCAGUUUGCCCAUGGCAUCCAUGAGCUACGCAGCCUGAGCCGCCACCCUAAGUACAAGACAGAACUCUGCCGCACUUUCCACACCAUAGGGUUCUGCCCCUAUGGGCCCCGCUGCCACUUCAUCCACAAUGCAGAGGAGCGCAGAGGCCCACCGCCCCAGUACCCCCUCUCACCCUCCAACAAGCUGGAUCGGCCACGACUUCAGCACAGCUUCAGCUUCGCCGGGUUCCCAAGCUCCAGUGGGUUGCAGGACAGUCCCACCUCCGUCACCCCGCCGCCCGUGUUAAAUGCAGACGACCUGCCUGAGUGGGCAAAUAACCCCUUCACCUACUCCAGCCAGGAGCUGGCUACCCUCUUUGGGCCGAGCCUGAGUAUCCCGGGCGACUCCUCUGCUCAGGCUCCACCAUCACCCACCACCUUCAUCUUCCGGGCCAUGUCAGAGUCUCCCCAGAUGUUUGAGGCUCCCCCCAGCCCGCCUGAUUCGCUUUCCGACCAGGAGGGCUACCUGAGCAGCUCUGGAAGCAUAAGCGGGUCCGAGUCCCCAGUUCUAGACACCAACAAACGUCUUCCAAUCUUCAGCAGACUCUCUAUCUCUGACGACUAAGCAGAAAGAAAAGAAAGCGACACUGCCCCGUUUCACCCCUCCCUCCCUCCCGUUUACGAACUGAGACUUUUCUUUAGUUUUAAAGAUAGAAGAGACUAGUGGUCAAUGUUGAACAGUCCACUUGCCCGCUUUCUAUCUCUCCUUCCUUUUUUUUGGGGGGGGGGGGGGGGGGCGGCGGCGCUCGGUUACAAAAACUGACUCCACAUGCCUUUACUGCCACAGGCUUUCCCAUCCUGAGUGAUGUGAACCGUGGGGGCUGAGCAGCUAGCUUUAGUCCCCUGCUAGAUUAUUUUAGAAAAAAGAAUGAGCCCCACUUAAGUAGCGGGAUGAAACCCUAACAAAUAGAAUGUUACUCCCUUUGCACCUUUUUAAUUCCCUCUAUAUAAUAGUGCCAAAAAUUCUUAGUCCGAUGCAUUUUGCCGUCAGUUUACAACAUGCCUUUUGGGGGGGGGGGGGGGGGAUUUGUGUUAAGGCAUCUUGUGCCUUUUCUUUUUCUUGUUGACGUGUAGCAGCGCAGAUGGUGCCUUAAGUCCGUUUAAGCAAUCUUGCACCCUCUGCUGGCUACGUUCUGCCAUUACCACUGUUCCCACAUCUCCUGGACUGGCACAAGGGUAUAAAGAUAUGUGUGUGUGUGUGUGUGUGUCAUUUUAUAUAUAUAUAUAUAUA